AUGGACCCCGAAAUAGAGUACAUUCUAAGCCUCAAGGCAGUUCGCGAACAGGCACAUAAAGUCCUUGGUUUGGCGGAACAAGGAAAACUGACUCAUUUCAACUACGACCACAAGAAAUUGAGUGUAGCUGCCGAAUAUGUCAUAGGAAUAAUUCAGCGCGACUUUGGACCGGAUAAGUAUCACCUCAUUCCACCGCACGGCCGGUGGCAGCAUUUCGAAGUUGGUGAUAUUCCUCGCUUAGCAGACCUGCUACAACAAUGGGAAAACCGAAAGUUUGACAAUGUAGACAAAGUGCGUGGUCUUGUUGACCUCUUCUUCGUCUCUGUUCUUUUGGAUGCCGGGGCCGGAGAUGUUUGGAGAUUUCACGAGUCGGAAAGUGACCAGACGUACAGUCGGAGUGAGGGGAUUGCGAUUGCAUCGUUGCAUAUGUUUCUGAACGGUGAUUUCGCGACGGAUAAGUCGUCUAGGAAGGAUAUAGUGGAAGGUGCCGCGCUACAGACACUAGAUGCAAAGAAUCUAUAUCGAGGCUUCCAAAUCAACGAGGAGACCAAUCCACUUCUAGCAGUCGACAAACGUGUUGAAUUACUGCGCAGACUGGGUGGUUCUCUUUUGAAGCUUCCGAAAAUCUUUGGCACCAAUGGUCGACCAGGCCAUCUUGUCGAUCAUACCGGCGAAAUCGACUACCUUGAAUUAUGGACCGUCCUGCAGAAACUUCUAAUCCCAAUCUGGCCUUCUGAUCGUACCCAUAUAGACGGACAUCCUGUAGGCGAUGCAUGGCCUCUAACAUGCCUCGCGAAGUUCUCUAACCAAAAUACCAGCAACAAGACAUCAGCCAUCCAGCCAUUCCACAAACUCACACAAUGGCUCGCAUACUCACUCAUGGUACCGUUCACACGCUUACUAGAUAUCAGAUGGCGCAACGCAGAUCAGGGAACAGGACUCGCUGAAUACCGGAAUGGUGGACUAUUCGUUGACAUGGGCGUCUUAUCUCUCAAGGAGGAAUCUCUCACAAAGGGUCUGCAACGUUCAAGCAAUACUGGUGAUGGUCUUCCGUGUUUUGGGGCAAGUGAUGACGAGAUUGUGGAGUGGCGUGCUAUGACCAUUGCGCUUCUGGAUAAGUUGCACGAAAUCAUCAAGGUCAGUCCUCAGUUUGACGCCGUCCAGUUAACGUUGCCUCAAGUGUUGGAAGCAGGAUCUUGGAAGGCAGGGCGAGAACUGGCUGCCCAGAAACGGCCGCUGACAAAGUCAAGUCCUAUCAUUAUUCUUGGGGAUGGGACUUUAUUCUAG